AUGGCAUCAAAGUUUAUUUUUACCACUGUUGUUAUACUUAUGCUUCUGUGCUUGCUUCUUAUGAGGGAGCCUUCUGGUUGUGGUUCUGCAUAUGAAGGCUUUGGUGCUAAUGCUGUUGGUCUCAGGGACAUUCCAAACAGGAAGGUGCUGUCUGUUUUGAAGGAUAAGAAAACUGUUCUAAAGGCAAGUUUGCAAGGAUCAUCAAGCAUCAAGUAUGGUGAAAAGCCACUGAGUUGGGAGUUGAGGAAGGUUCCUUCGGGUCCAGAUCCCCUGCAUCAUAAUGGCGUCAACCCCAAAAAGCCUCAAACCCCUUAA